AGGAGCCGCCGGGCGUGGUCCAGGUCCUGCUCCCGAUACACGGACAGACAGACAGACGGACGUAUAAAGGAGUCUUUUGGCUGGAAGCCUGCAGAUAGCUUCCAACAGUCCUCAGUGAAGUGUUCGGAGAGUUUCUCAGAAAUCAUGAAGGUCCUGAUUGUUCUGUCUGUGCUGUGCGCCGUCGCCCUGGCCAGCCCUGUGGCCCCUGUACUGCUGCCCAAGGUGCAGGUCGCUGCUCCCCAGGUCACCGUCGUCAAGCAACCCUACGUCUUCACCGAGCCUGAGCCUGUCUACCGUCAGGUCCCAGUGCCCUACAAGGCCGUCACCUACACUGCCCCCGCUGUGGUACCUGGCCCCGUCAUCGCUCCUGCCCCCGCCGUCUACGCUGCUCACGCUCCCGUAGCCGUAGCCGCUCCUGCCCACGUCGCCUACGCCGCUCACGCCGUGGCUGUGGCUCCCCACGCCUCCUACGUCCUUUAAAUAAUCAGACCCAUCCUUCAUGAUUCAAAAGUGAUACUCAUUCAUUAAAUUAAAUUAAACUCA